UCGGUGCACGUCCUCCACCGAACAUUUUGCCUUUUUUCGAGAAAACACCGGAACAAUGCGAAAUCCUCCUCCACAGACAGCAAGCUUCGUGAGCAUAGGCCCGACCUACUCGAAAUCAAGAUCUAUGACAAAAACACCGAAAUUGGCCACGAAAAGGGUCGUGUUCGUGCUGGGGCCCCCGGGCUGCGGGAAGAACACCCAGUGCCGCAUGGUCGCUAAGGCGUUUGGGUUCAUGUAUGUUUCAGCUGACCAACUUUUGAGGAAUGAGUUGCAAAGCGCGGGGUCGCAGUAUAAGGCGAGGAUUGAAUCGUACAUGACAGAUGGGAAGGUUGUACCUGGGGACAUCACCUGCAGAUUAUUGGAAAGGUACUUGCAAAGUGCCAGGAAGAUCAACUUCCUGAUUGCCGGUUUUCCGAAAAAUGAGGAAAAUCGCGAGGCGUGGAACAAAGCGACAAAACACAAGGUAGACGUUGAGUUUAUCCUGUGUAUUGAGUGUCCUGAGGAUGUGUGCAUGGACAGAUGUUUACAAAGAAGCAGCAGUACGCGAAACGAAGAUUUCUUGGAGAUUUUAGAAAAGACCAUUACUACGUUCAUUACAGAAACGCGACCUACCAUUGCUUAUUUUGAAUCGCAAAGAAUAAUUCACUUUGUCAACGGGAAUCAAAGUAAAGAAAAGGUUUUUGAACAAAUUAAGAAGAUAUUCGAAUCUUACGAUAUUCACCCUGUGGGAAAGUAA